GUGGUGGCCUAGCGGGGCCGCGCCAUGCAGCGCGAUGUGGGGAGCCUUCCGCUGGCGCCUGCGGUGCGCACUCGGCUCGUUAGCGCCGGCUUCCAGACGGUGCAGGAGCUGCUGGAGACCGGCCCCUGCGGGCUGAGCAAAGAAACUGGAAUCUCCAAGGAAGAGGCCCUGGAAGUGUUACAGGUUGUGAGGCAGGAAUGUCAUGGGGAUGCAGCAAGGACCGCUGCAAGAUCAGGUGCCUCCCGAAAAUGCACCGCCCUGGAACUUCUGGAACAAGAGCAAGCCCAGGGCUUCAUCAUCACCUUUUGUUCAGCACUAGACAAUAUUCUAGGAGGUGGUGUGCAGCUAACCAAAAUCACCGAGGUCUGUGGAGCACCUGGUGUUGGGAAAACACAGCUAUGUAUGCAGUUGGCGGUAGACGUACAGAUCCCAGAAUGCUUUGGAGGUGUAGCUGGAGAAGCUGUGUUCAUUGAUACCGAAGGAAGUUUUAUAGUAGACAGAGUAGUGGAUAUUGCAGCUGCCUGUGUGCAGCAUUGCCACCUUAUUGCUGAAGCUCAUCAAGAAGAAGAUCAUCUAAAAGCUUUGGAGACUUUCUCUGUUGAAAGUAUCCUUUCUCACAUAUAUUACUUCCGUUGCCGUGACUACAUAGAGCUUCUUGCACAGGUCUACCUCCUCCCAGACUUUCUUUCGGAGCACUCAAAGGUCCGACUGGUGGUAGUUGAUGGAAUUGCAUUUCCUUUUCGCCAUGAGUUUGAAGACCUCUCACUCCGGACAAGGCUUUUGAAUGGUCUGGCGCAGCAGCUGAUCAUCAUAGCAAAUGAUCAUAAGUCAGCAGUAGUUCUGACAAACCAAAUGACAACAAGGAUUGGACAGAGCCAGUCCACACUGGUACCUGCUUUAGGAGAAAGCUGGGGACAUGCUGCUACUGUCCGUUUAAUCUUUCACUGGGACAACAGUCAGAGGCUGGCUACAUUGUACAAAUCACCAAGUCAGAAGGAAGCAACUAUACCGUAUCACAUCACAGUUAGUAUUUCUUUUGGGCUGGAAAUUGCUAGCUGUAAAGGAAUUUUCAGAUACAAAGACAAAUCUGUGAAUGAUGUUUUCUUAGUGUUGCUUUUCAGUUGCCUUAUGAACGUAACUGGUAAUACUGGGAUGUCUCCAGGUUUAUUAAUAUUUUGCACCUUUUCUCUUUAGAAAAAUGACCCAGCAUGUUAGUUCUCUUAGAAUUAAAACAUUUUGAUUUCCAGAUCAAAUUUAUAGGCAGCCUGUCCCCAUUUGUUCUUCUGCUAAUACUGCUUAUUUUAUCUGCCCUUGAUGUUAACUUCUGGCCUAAGUGCAAUUACAGAGAACAAUCACACACUUGCUGAGCAUUCAUUUUGGGAGACUUGGACAAGCCAAGCUGCGUUCUCCCUUGUCAGGUAGUAUGCUAUUGUUUCCUUAGUGGCUCUUCUCUGCAUCUUCCAGGUGAGUUUCUCUGUCUAAGACAAAGGUGAGCUGAAUCACACAUGGUAUUGCAGAGGUUUUACCAGUACUUUGUGCCAUACAUAUUUCCACAUCUCUGCUUUAAGUGCAUUGCCUGAUACAAUCUAGGUUGUGUUUCUCUUUCAUAGCUCCAUUCUACUGGUAACCCUAUGACCAGCCAAUAUAUACAGAUUUUUCUAUUCUGCCACUGUCACAUGAGGAGUUUCCAGCUUAUGGUUGGAGUUCUUAUUCACCCCUAGUUAAAUCCUGUGAUUUUCUUUUGUGGAGUCCUUAGAUACAUAUUAAUAAGAAUACACACAGCCUAAGCUGUAUUUAGGUUAAAAAAAAAAAAUCCAGCCCCACCACUCGACUCUUAUAUCUCAAAAUGUCAGAUACAUAGGUACAUGCCAUACCUAUUUGCCACGUGUCCUCACGGAAACACACUGCCGUAGCACUUCCUGCAGAUUUGAAUGCUGCCAUGAGAUCUUCAAACUAUUGAAUAGGUAUUUCCUUUUUCAGUCCUGAAUGUAUUCACCUAGACAGAAGAAAUAUUGCAAAUAUAUAUAUGUAAAAAAAAAUAUAUAUAUAAAUGUUAUGUAAGGACUGGAAGGAUAAGUGGGACCACAUCCCAAAGUUGUUUGGAUCGUGCGAUGUGAGCUCAGCCCUUUCUCACCAGCUGAUAAACAGAUGGACUUUACCUUAGACAGUUUAAUAGCCUUUUCCUUUCAGUUCUGUAUGCAUUAUAAAACAGAUAUACUCUCUUCUUCAGUGUGGAUGCACACAAUUUUGAAAUACAGUUGAGAGUGUAUCCUAAUCAAAGAUUAGUUAAAAUUUUAAAAGAUUAUCCCAGUGUUUUUCCUGUAAUCCUGUUGAGCUGCUUCAGCAGACAGUUUCUGGAAGUAAAAAAUGUAUUAUUCCUGUUUUUUUUUAACUCCUCAAAUUCAGGCCUGAUGGUAACGGUCUGCUGUUAGCAUUUCUCAUUCCCAUCUCUGCAGCUAAACUGGAGAAUGUAAAUACGUGUUCCAUGUUUCCAAAUCUGAUCUAGCACAUCUAUGCAUAACCAGCAUACAAAAAAAAAUAAUUAAAAAAUAAUAAAUUCCUCAAGCCUAUUUCCUCAAAGAUGUUUAGACUUAGACAAAUUAGAUACUGUGGUACCAUUGGCAAACCGGCUGUUCACUCUGAGCAAGUGUGGAAGCUGUGGAACAUGUAUCAGAUGAAGUAUUUUCUUUCACAGGCUGGUUAAGGAUUCAUUCUUAAAUGUAGAGUAUAGAAAUGUAAAUUGAUUUAUGCACAAGGGAGUAAUUAUAUCAUCUGAUCCACCUAAAUUUCCCAGGUACUGUAACAUGAUUAUUUCACUAUAAAAGAUAGAGCCCUAGGACCUAUAUUCUCAGCAGGAAUAAACAGUAUUUCCCUGAACUGUGGAGGGUCUGCCAGACUAGCAAUGAGAACACCACUCAAGUAAUAAAGCCAUCUGCUUUUGUCAACCUUGAUGCAGUCUGUAGCUGCCAGAAAAUGUUAAAGAAAAAAUCAAAAUGACUGUAGACUGAGCUUUGUAGGUCCUUGGUUCCAUUGCCCACAUGGUUGAUACCUAAAACUCACUAACAAAUAUACAGAUAAACCACUUCAAAAUAAUAUACACAAAAACCGUGUAAUUUUGAGGUACUCUGUCCAGAAGGGCUUUAACUAAAAGCAAAACCUCCAUACUAAGCAGUCUACUUUAUCAUGUUCUGGCCUUUAUAAGCAUUGGAAUGCUUUUGCUGCAAGUCUAGCAUGCUGGAUUAAGUGGAUUCUUGGCUACAGAUCCACCUUUGUGCCUGAGGGAAAUGGCAGAGAUUAGAUGCAAGCAACAGUGAAACACUAAACUUGAAGAUUCCCCAUUACGCUAUUCAGAAUAACACUUGAGUUGCUUAUAAUAGCAGAGGGACUGCACAAAUACUGCCCUUGUGGCACCUCUUGCUGUUUGUUCCUUUGAAAAAUUAGCAGGCUGCGUGAGGUGAGGCAUUUGGAAAUAGAAAUACAGAGGUAGGACACUUCAGCAAAACAUUCUGAUUGGGUUUUUACGUUGUUUUGGAUUGAUCUCAGUGUGGGACACACUGGUGUUUUAGGAAAGUCACAUGUCUGAUAGUAACUCUACCUGCUUUUUCACACUGCACCAACACAAAAUGUCAGCUUUAGAUGAAAUUCUAUCAUCCCCCCAUUGUCUCUACCUGAGUAUUUAGGAUCCCCAAAGCAAUUUCUUUUUCAGAUUAACCCCUUUUCCUCUCUAAGUCUGCACUGCAGUGAGAGUCGUCAUUGUGCUGUCAGCAGUGCUCCCUGCACAGCAUUUGCUGGGAGAUGGGAAGAUGGACAGUCACAGGCUUCACAUCCCAUCUCAGUAUUUCCAUCUGCAUUGAUGACAUGAUUAACUAACUGCUUUUCCAGAUAUUUAAAAAUCUUUAAAAAUCAUUAAAUUGUGAGGUACAGUAACAGAAAAUACAAAUGGUACUAAGCCAAAUAGAUCACUUUAAGCUCUUUCCUGAGUAGCAGCAUCUCAUUUUCACUUCCACAUUUAGUUUUUGGCAGUUAAAGGUUCUCAUCCCACUGUGUCCCAUAAAUUACUAUGCUGGGACAGUCUUUGCAGUCUAGAGACUGUUUCAAAUAUGCUGUUCUCUUACAGUGUCUCAUUGAUGUUUUCAGUUCAUUAAGUAGAUACAUGAAAGAAAAAUACCCUAGGUUUUAGAAAUUCAGAGUUCUGUUUCUGAAAAUGACUGAGGCAAUUAAUCCAGUCAUCUCCUUGCUUCUGUGGAAGCUUGAAUAAGGGCUGAAGGAUUUGGCUUUUAAUUUAUUUAAAUAGGCAACUUAAUUUACAAAGAAGCAGUGCUUCACAGCCAUAGGGGUUAUCAGUGAUAAAAUGAAAAUAAUAGCCUGGUUGGUGAAAAUAAUAAAAUGAUGAGAUUCAGUUAUUAGUUGGCACGUGUGAAAAGACUUGCUGUUCUGAACUUAGCCUGGUCUAAAAAUGGUCUGUGGCCACUCAUCUAAAAUAAAAGACAACAUCAUACCUUAUUCUGAUCUUCUGGGAACUGGUUACUCAUGGUUUAUAUCCAUAGAAGUGUUAUCACAUGAUUUUGCUUAUAUCUCACAGUCUCAUGGCUUCCGAGACGUGCAGCCUCCAGCUGUCACUCAAAAUGCAGAAGGUGCUGAAAUGAACCCUCGCAAACGGCCACGGAGAGAAGAGGAAAAGUAAUUGAGAUUCAAAAGUUGAAUGUUAAAAAAUGUGUGCUACAGGAGAACAGUUGCAUAGUCAACGUGCAACCAAAGGUAGCCUGAGAGACUAACUUAAAUUCCUGCUCUGGAUGUUAUUUUAACAUUUGUGUGGCAGGAAAUUCCUUUGUGUAUGGCAUAAUUUUAUAAUAAAAAUUCUAUGUUUUCUAUAACAAGAGGCUUCAGCU